AUGCGGUUCAAGACGGAGCUGAAAAAUGUCCGCACCUUUUCGAAACUCACUGCGGCACUCAAUUCCCUCGAGAAGAUCGCCUGGGUCCGUCUGGACGAUGAGACGGCACGCUUCACCGUCAUCCCGGACACCGGGUCCCAAGUCUGGGCGUCCCUCUCCAUGGACGUCCUGUUCGACAACUACCACAUCCAGUCCGCCGAGGCCGGCAACACCAUCAACCUCGAGCUGCCCCUCGGCCCCCUCCAGCGCGCCCUGCGCUCAGCCAUCAACGCGACCGAGGCCAACCUGCGCCUGACCAAGCGCGACGGCGUCCCGAUGCUGAGCAUGACCAUCCACACGAACACAAACGAGAAGCCGGGCGGCGGCGGCGGCUUCAACAGGCCCCCCUUCGGCGGCGGCCACAACGACGGCGACAACGACCCCUUCGCCGACGACGGCGUCUUCCAGCAGGAGUCGCUCGAGCUGACCAUGAAGCGCGAGCACGAGAAGAUCAUCACGCAGGACAUCCCCGUGCGCGUGCUCCACCCCGAGACGGUCGAGACCAUCAUGCAGCCCAAGGUCCGCGAGCCCGACGUCCACAUCCAGCUGCCGCCCCUGCUCCAGCUCAAGGCCAUAUCCGACCGCUUCACCAAGCUCGCCUCCACCACCUCCACCUCGGCAACCGGUGGCGGCGGUGGCGGCGGCGGCGCUACAGCCGGCCGGGCCGCCGCCGGAGGGGCUGCCGCCUCGCCGAAGCUGGAGCUCUCGGCCAACAUGCACGGCAGCCUGCGGCUGCGCAUCGCCACCGACACGCUCGACAUCGAGAGCGUCUGGACGGGGCUCGAGAACCCGGAGCUCGACCCGGCGCAGCUGGCCAUGCCGCUCGAGGAGCACCCGAGCACGCGCUUCCGCGAGGCCGGCGCCGACAGGUGGGCCACGGUGCGCGUCGACGGCAAGGACUGGAGCCGCGUGCUGAGCGUCGGCCGCCUCGAGGGCAGGGUCAUUGCCUGCUUCGCCGACGACCACGCCCUCAUCCUCUACGUCUACGUCCCGCAGUACGACGACGCUGCCGCGGACGAUAGUGUCGUCACGUACUACGUCUCAUCGUUCAGCGCGUGA